AUGAUGGUUGCGUUUUACAACAUUCAAUAUGUUUCGAUCAUCCUUACCGUUUUGGUCCUUGUAGUCGUUGCAGAAGGAUGUGAGAGCAGUCAUCAUCAUUAUCAUCAUCAUCAUCCCAUGCAGGCUGAGUGGUUCUUUCAAUUAUCGAGGCAGCAGUACGUCAUGCAGUUGCGAGGAGGAGUGAAGAAGUUGGAUCAAGUUCACCCCGACUACGCGCCGAUCAGGGCGGCAAGGAGGGAUGAACGGGAAAGCGAGGAUGCAGAGAAACAGGUUGGCAAGAAACCGAAGAGAGGAAAGAAGGGGUUUCUGGCGUCAGAGUACGCUAGAAAAUCAAGACUGAAAGCAAAGCAGAUGGGCUAUGACUCAACAUACAUUAGGGAACAUUUCCCUGACCUUGCUAAGAGGUCUGAAAAGGAAAUACGAAGGAAACAAAGAGAAAUAGGAGAGAGCUUGGGGCAGAAACAAAAGAGAGGGGAGUUCACUCAAGCAGAGCUGCUAGAGAUGAAGCAGAAGGAGCUGACGCCUCAGAGCUACCGGCUCUACAAGAUGAUCGAGCCCCUCGGGAAGCAUGGAGACAGGGAGCUACGAGUUCUCCUCCUCUACCUCGACGCAAGUCCCUUCAUCCUCCGAAGAAUGAUCAGGUCCCAGGAAGUAGAGAAUGAGGAGGAGAGAGAAGGUAGAGAAUGA